UUCAGUACACCACACAUCAUUCACUGUGAUAUCUAGAGCAGACCUACAGUGAUACAUGUUUGACAGAAGUGGAUAGCUGGUUCUUGAAGUGUUUCCACCAUGAGACCAAACUACUGUCUGAACAUCUUUCAAGUGUCCAUCUUUGCAGUGCUCUACCUCAUUUUGGAUGCUGAUGGUGAUGAUCCAAACUGUAAAGUCAAAAUUAAAGUGGCAGACAGCACCGUUUAUAAACCUGUCUCUGGACAAGACUUCAGGAUUCACUGCAUAGUUGCUUUCUGCAGCAAUUCAGUCAACAAAAAUGUCACCUGGUAUAAAUAUGUGGGAACUAAACGUGUCACUGUCAAUGUCAGCAGUGGCAGUCACAUUAGUACAGAUUGGGCAUUUGUAAACCAAGAAAGGAUAUCGUAUUUGAUCUUUAAAAUGAUACGCAGAAACGACUAUGGUGUGUAUCAGUGUCAAGGUGGAGGCAGUGUGAGCUGUAACAUCAGUGUCUUAGUCAAAGCGGCGCCAGAACCUCAACCUAUCUGGAUAUAUAUGAGCCAGAUUGUCGGGUUUGUGACGUUGGUCAUCAUAAUGCUGACUCUAUAUGUUGCAUCGAGAUGGAGGUGUAAAGGAAGAUCCAGGGAGACACCAGAUCUGAGCCGCCAGAACUCCCAUGAUGCUGACACCACUCAUAUCCAUGAAAACGAUCGGCUGAUGUCUGUGCCUUGAAAUCAGUCUGUUGAGUCAGAAUGAUGAAUAUGAAAACAUGUUAUUGUAUUCAUUCCAAGAUUUUCUUACCUGUAACUUGUACCUGGUUUGUGUUUAUCAACGCUCAGCUUUGGCUUUAUGCAUUUUUAUGUAAUAUGCUUUGGGAAUAAUUGAUUGGCUUUUUAUGGCCUUAAAAUAAUCACAUCUUUUUUAUAUUGUUUACUGAUGUGAAUAACAUUGAAUAUUACUGCUGGCUCUGUUUUGUUCUUUUGACUUCCUGUGAAAAAAGCUGUUUAAAAGCAGAAAUGAAAUUUCCUAAUCUACCAGUGUGUGUGCAGAGUGUAACACAUUUACAGGUAAAUCACGUGUGUGUGUGUUUGCACCUCUGUUCUUUGUGCUCUCUUUCAAUAUCGAUUGAAGUAGCGUCUCUUCUUGGGUACAGUAUCUGUUGUGCAUUUGGGAGCAGACACACUGUCAACUGACGAACAGGAAGCAGAAUUAAACCACACGUCACUUAAACGUAUAUGAAAACAAAGGCUGGAAGUGGUUUUACAGUGAAGAAUAUUAACCCUAAACUCACAUCCCCACUCAUCAUCAGACUGGAAACAUUAAGACAGAGAGUCCAACAGUAGAUCAUGUGCAUUCCUAUGCAAUCCCUGCCAUGUCCGCCAUGUUGUUUCUACAGUAUCCCGGAACGGACAAAUCAAACACUGGCUCCAGAUAGGGUCAUUUAAGUUUUUGCAUUUUCAUGUUGGCCAUACUGGACCUUUAAAAUAAAUCUUGUUGAAUAAAAUUACUAUUUACAGUUAUGGAAA